AUGAAAAUAUUGUCCAAAGGUUGUGAAUUAGUGGCUGUACAAAAUGAGAAGAUACACUCUAUUAAAAAUGAACAUUAUCUACAAAAUGAAGAUGUUGAAUUGUAUAUAUUUUAAGAUGAAAGUGUUAAAUCCAUAGAAUACAUACAUUACAAAGAUAUACUUAAAAAAGGUAAACCUAAUUACAUUCUAGGAAUUAAAAAAAUUAGUGGAUCAGGAGGUUUAGAGAUAGUUAUUACAAAUUGUACCAAUCCCAACUAAUUAAUUACUGAAUAAAAUGACUAAGAAUUCAAUUGUCAAGCAGUUAGAAAAUGGUUAAACUUUAAGUCAUAGAAUUAGUUACAUUAAUUCAAUUAACUUUACAGAACACUUAAAGAUGUAUAAUAUUCUUAUCAUUACAUAGCUAUAAAAUGCAUAAACAACAGUUACUCCAGUCUAAUAGGAUGAUACACUAGAUGUAUUCCGUAGUUGUGUAGAUCUUUCUGUCCUUACUAAUAGAAAUGACAGUCUCAAAGAAUUAGAAUAACAAUAUGUCUAAGGUCAAAUGAAAUGGGCUUAAAUUGAUAUGGAAAAUGCUCAAUUGGCCACUAAAAUUCAAUUAUUGCAAUUCGAAUUAUAAUAAAGAAAGCAAGAAAUCAAUAAACUUAAAUUCUAAUAUGAAAAUAAUGCUUAUUAAUUAUUGUAAUCCAAAUAAUAGUUAGGAGAUGUAAUCAAUUAGGCUAUAGAAAUUAAAGAUUCCUAAAUUUUAGCAAAACUUGGAUUAUGA